AUGUUGGAACUUUGCUUUAGUUCUUCCGAAGAACCUAACAUGGUGACUGAAAGUAAUCGAUCUCCAAAAUCUUCAUUUCUGUUCCGGAAAGUGUUCAAACGUUUUCCUGGAGUGCGCAGUGAAAAUAUUUCUGUUAGCCCGAAUACUGGACAUUCAUACCAAGAACUUACUAAUGUUUCACCAUCACCAUGCGUCCAACGUGAUACAUCGUGCUGCACGGAUCAAAAUGUGGGUAAAUCUAACUUACAUACAUCUUACUUUCCAAGUACCAGCAAACAAGGGUCUUCGCAGUUUGUACCGCCUAGCACACCAGAUACGGACUGCAUGGAUUUACAAACUAAAAAGAUAAAAAUAAUAGAGGAGAUAAUAAUUCCAGCACCAAAAUAUGCGCCUGUUUUUACAGAUACUGCAAUGGGCAAUAAUUAUACUUUGCCAUUAGUCCCAUUGUCUGGGGGUAACUUUACUUAUGGUUCUCUCAGCAAUAUUUCGGUGUCAAAUAUGAUUACCCUUGAUGAGUCUUUCGAUGAGCAAAAGAUAUCUGAUCUACUUAAUACACCAAAAAGAAAUAAUCGUACUAUUAAAGAAAAACUAAGUUCAUAUUUAAAUUUUGAUAAGACACCAAAAGAACCACAAUCAGAUUUGUCUGCGCCAGAUCCCAGUCAGUUACCUCUUGACAUGGAUAAAGCAACAAAAACACAGUGUGCAUCUACUUCUAACGUUGUUAUUAAAGAUAACGCGACAAUUACUAGUACGAGUAUUAAUAGCACCCACGAAAAUGAUCCAGUCAUUGAUACAGAUGAUGACAGCAGUUAUGCUCCUAGCACUUCUUCGGAAAGUGAAUCUGAUAUUACUGUUAUAACAACCGAAGAUGAAUGUGAUGGAGAUAGUAACAAUCAGUUGAACAACGGAACACCUCAAAAUAUUACAACACAACAAGAAAAUGUUGCAGAAGAUGCUGAUGGAGAUGAAUGGGUCGACAUAGAAGAUACGACUCCGGAAUUUGAAGAAUACCCGCACGAAUGUCAAUACAGUGUACCUGAAAAUGUUAAGACACUAGAUGAGUUAUUUAGACUGUUUCUAACAGAUGAGAUAGUUGACAAGAUGGUUCUUGAGACUAAUUUGUACGCGGAAAAAUUUCUUACUAAUCCAGACUUGAAGAGAAAAUUUCGGUUCCGCUAUUGGAAGCCAAUUAACAGAGAAGAGAUGCUGAAGUUUUAG